UCAGUGGAGUCUCAAUACGGUAGGUGGCUCUCACGCUCGAGCCACUGAAUUGUGCCUUGAAGCUUAAAGAGGGCGUGCCAUUUGAUUCCUCAUUGGACUUGGGAUGCCUCCAUCUUUCCAUUCACAACGAUCCCAUUCAGCGUCUGCGAAACAAACUCAACCACGUGUCUCCCUCACUAAUCGCCUGAUUUUUCCUAAUGUUCCCAACUCACCAUCUUUUCCUUCCUUGUUUUGUUCUCCUACUCCUCCAGAACUAACCGCGGAGGUAUACGACUUCAUUGCUCUCGCCCUGCGUGCAUUUAUACUUCCUUGGUGGUCCAAAAUAACCAGAUACGAUAAAGAAUUUCUUCCGCAAAUAAAUCAGAUAAUUACACACGCCUUUCGGUCCCUCGAAGCUCGAAUCCUUUCACAAUCUUUUCAAGAAGAGUUACCUGGUCUUCUGUUUCAGGACAUCCCUAUCUUAGUUACGCAACACUACAAGGACUUUCGCAAUGCACAAUCCAAAGUCACUUCGUCCUAUGCCUCUGGAGGAAAUCUUUCUCUUUCCACUUUGUUUCACCAGCUGCAACCGCAUAUAGGUGUGGAUGGAGAGGGCAAGGUUAACUACGAAUACAUCAGGCAGGUUAUCGAUUAUGUCUUGAGGGAUUGCCUUCCAGAAGAUGAUUACAACCCAGAGUCUGAAAGGUUCAUUGUCAGGGAAAUCGUGGUGAAAAUAGUUGCGGAGGACGUCCUACCUAAAGUGACUCAACCUUGGUUUAUUUACAAGGUCAUAUUGGACCUAUUGGAUGAAAAUCACUCGGUCACUCCACCUUCGACUAUGUCCCAAGUUACGCAGUCUCAUAGUGAAGCCAAACCUUCCAAUGAUCCUUCGAAUACCGCACCAGCUCCUUCUGGUUCUCCCUUCUCUUCUCUUCUCAUUCUCUUCCUUUCAACCAUCCAGUCCAUCUCAGGGGCUUGCUUAGCCCUCGUCCAUGCUUACAAACAACUCGUUCUAAUUAUCAAGGAGGUGAACACAAGCUCUAAGAAUGCCAGCCGAAUGACAAAACCCAAUAUCCUAGGGAGGCAAGAGACCGGAAGGUCGUCAGAAACAAAGAGGAAGAGGGCCAGUCCUACCAGUCCCGUUCUGCUUCGCCGCACAAGGACUUACGAAUCACAGAGGAUGUCAGGUUCUGCGUUAGGAACUCCUCCGCCAUCGAUAGAUCUCAUAUCCAUCUCGAGAGUUUCCUCUGUAUCCUCUUCAGAUCCGUCUACUUCUUCAGCCUUCCCCCAACCACCCCCUCAUCCACUGAAAAGUGGUACGAAUGGAGUAAACGAUGCACGGACGUCCAAGUUCAGAAUGCCUAGUCAUUUUCACCCACCUCUCACACUUUUAUCAGAAAUAUUCACUCUUUACGAACGACAUGCGAGUCGGACGAUUGUCGGAACAGCAGAAAUGUUGAUCGGGGCACUAAAUACAGAGGGUUUUGUUGACCGCUUGUUACCCCACCUCCUUAACCGUCAUAUAUCAAAUCCGGGAACACUGCUAAGUAUCGUCCGCAGUGCCAAACAAACACUUUUCCCGAAUGGAUAUCCUCAACCCGCACCACCGGAUCCCAGUCCUGAAGAGACUGCCGAGAUGCGUCAACGCAUUAUCACCUUUUUCAAUCGACCGAAUGGCAAGGGCGGUAGACGGUAUAGUAAGGCAACCAUGACUAUGAUACAACUGUUGUUGGGCAGUGACCCGGACGAAACAAUGGAACUCGCUUUGGAACCCCUUGGGAGCCAGGAGUGUAAUGCUCACUUGGUCAUGGUCCUUGUGGAUAGAGUUGUUUGUGAGGUUUGGCCUGAGCUGGCUGAGGGGUAGUCGCGGGAGUGCAUGGAUCAGUUAACGAUUUAUUAUGAUUGAAAGAUGACUUGUAAGAUUGGUUAUACGAUAUGGAUUCAUUAAUGGCUUUCGACAUGCCCAACGCAUAAUGGUCGAAAUUCUAGUUCUGCC